UCCUAUCCACCCUCCACUCCCCUGUCCCUUGGUGACUCAUCCCCGAGCUUCCCAAGGAAGCCCCCACCCUCUGCCCUUUCCUCCCGCCUUCCAUGAGUGGAAAAUCCACCUCCACCCCCUAUAGCAGGCCAGCCCCCUUCCUCCCCAGUCUCCCACCCCAUCCCCCCACCGACCAGUUUCCUCUCCAGGACCAGGGAGCAAUCACAGCUGCCCCGACCUUGGCUUCCUCUGCUGGGUGGGAUUGGGGGCUGGGCCCCCAAAUGGGCCCCUGGCUUCCCCCUUCCUCUAGGGCAGGGGACAGAGAGGCACAGGCUCGGGGAGCAGGACUGACUUCCUCUUGUCCCGGAAUGAGCAUGCCUGCCCUUUGCAAGCAGGUUUGGGUCUCACGCAGAGGAAACCAAAAGCAGUAAGAGGGAGGGAAGGCAGAGCAACCAAUCAAGGGCAGGGUGAGACUCAAAACGAGCGGGCUCCCUGGGGAGCCAGACAGAGGCUGGGGGUGAUGGCGGAGCUACAGCAGCUGCAGGAGUUUGAGAUCCCCAUGGGCCGGGAGGCUCUGAGGGGCAACCACAGUGCCCUGCUGCGGGUUGCUGACUACUGCGAGGACAACUAUGUGCAGGCCACAGACAAGCGGAAGGCGCUGGAGGAGACCAUGGCCUUCACUACCCAGGCACUGGCCAGUGUGGCCUACCAGGUGGGCAACCUGGCCGGGCACACACUGCGCAUGUUGGACCUGCAGGGGGCCGCCCUGCGGCAGGUGGAAGCCCGUAUGGUGAACAUGCACAUGGAGAAGGUGGCCCGAAGGGAGAUCGGCACCUUAGCCACUGUCCAGCGGCUGCCCCCGGGCCAGAAGGUCAUUGCCCCAGAGAGCCUACCCCCUCUCACACCCUACUGCAGGAGACCCCUCAACUUUGGCUGCCUGGAUGACAUUGGCCAUGGGAUCAAGGACCUCAGCACGCAGCUGUCAAGGACAGGCACCCUGUCUCGAAAGAGCGUCAAGGCCCCUGCCACACCCGCCUCCGCCACGUUGGGGAGACCACCCCGGAUUCCCGAGCCAGUGCACCUCCCGGUCGUGCCCGACGGCAGACUCUCCGCUGCCUCCUCCGCCUCUUCCCUGGCCUCGGCAGGCAGCGCCGAAGGUGUCGGUGGGGCCUCCAUGCCCAAGGGGCAGGCAGCAACUCCAGCCCCACCUCUUCCCAACUCCUUGGACCCACCUCCUCCACCAGCAACCGUCGAGGUGUUCCAGCGGCCUCCCCCGCUAGAGGAGUUGUCCCCACCCCCACUGGAUGAAGAGCUGCCCCUGCCACUGGACCUGCCUCCUCCUCCACCCCUGGAUGGAGAUGAAUUGGGGCUACCUCCACCCCCACCAGGCUUUGGGCCUGAUGAGCCCAGCUGGGUGCCUGCCUCAUACUUGGAGAAAGUGGUGACACUGUACCCAUACACCGGCCAGAAGGACAAUGAACUCUCCUUCUCUGAGGGCACUGUCAUCUGUGUCACUCGCCGCUACUCCGAUGGCUGGUGCGAGGGCAUCAGCUCAGAGGGGACUGGAUUCUUCCCCGGGAACUAUGUGGAGCCCAGCUGCUGACAGCCCAGGGCUCUCUGGGCAGCUGAUGUCUGCACUGAGUGGGUUUCAUGAGCCCCAGGCCAAAACCAGCUCCAGUCACGGCUGGACUGGGUCUGCCCAGCUCUUGGGCUCCCUCCUCCCAUCGUGGAGGCAAGGGGUCCUGGGGAGAGAGAACUUACCCAGAGGCCUGUUGCAGAUGGGGAAGAGCUGGAAACCAAGAAGUUUGUCAACAGAGGACCCCUACUCCAUGCAGGGCAGAGUCUCCUGCUGCAAGUUCCAACUUUGAAUAAAAUGGAUGACAUCCUGUGACCGCCCCACGGAGAUAAGGGGCCAGGAGGGAUUGAAAGGCAUCCCAGUUCUAAGGCUGCUGCUAAUUACAGCCCCCAACCUUCAACCCCCCAGCUGCCCCAGAAGCAGCAUCUCCCCGUUCCCUCAGUACCCACAAAGUGCAGCCCACAUUGGACCCCAGACAUCCCUCUGCAGCCAUUGACUGCAACUUGUUCUUUUGCCCAUU